CUGCGGGGCUUGGACCGAGCAGAUGCACAUCACGAAAACCAGCAGCUGGACAGGUGAAUGCCUGCGAUCAUUUGCAUCGUCUGACAUCUUUCAUUCACGCCUCAUAUGGGAACAUAAGCUCCAGUUGCCAAUAUUAUUCUUGAGCGCAUUUGAUUCGACCUCUUUUGGGCUACUCGAGACUUUAGCCGAGGCUACUGGAAUCGUUUUAACGGUGGUGCUAUAAGACCAGCAAAGAAGUUUUAUUGAAGCCACAGCAAUGUUUGAAGAGGCAUCUCAAGAAAUUGUUGAGCAAAGCUCAGGGGUGCUUCCAGCUCAUGCUUUAAGCACAGGAAUGGCGGGGCUGGAUGUGAGAGCCCCCAGCUCCUCAAUGUCUUUCCCAGAGGAGGCUGUGUCCAUCCUGACAUCAAGAAACCUGCUGGCACGCUCAUUACUGGGCAGGACAUCUGCACUGAAACGCAAAGAAGCAGCACCAGGUGAAAGUACACUUCGACGCAAGCGUGAGUUCAUCCCUCAAGAGAAGAAAGAUGAGGGGUACUGGGACAAGCGCAAAAAAAACAACGAAGCUGCCAAGCGCUCUCGGGAAAAACGACGCGUCAAUGACCUGGUCCUGGAGAACCGUGUGCUUGGUCUGCUUGAAGAAAAUGCCAGGCUCAGAGCAGAGCUGCUAGCACUUAAGUUUCGCUUCGGGCUCAUCAAAGACCCCUCGAAUGCAUCCAUACUGCCACUAACCACAGUGCCACCCUGUGUCCCACAGCCUGCCAACCCACACUUUUACCUACCUCGGGACGAUGAACUUCACUCAAAUACACAUGUAAUGCAUCAUACAAAUUCCAUGCAGGUUGCAUCACACAUUAGCCAAAGUAUCAGGGACAAUGGCAGUAUGUCAGAGGACUCAGGUUUUUCUACUCCUGGAGGAUCAAGUGUUGGUAGUCCUGUAUUCUUUGAUGAGCGCCUGAGCGACAAUGGCAAACUGUCUCCAACCCGCACAGAUGACCUGAGUUGUGACUAUCACCACUCACCUGCCCCUGAUACCCUUGCACAGGUCUCAACAGCACAGACGUCCACAGCAUCUGGUCAUGGGGAAUCCAUAGAUGGCAUGAAGAGUCUCCCUCACAAGUUACGCUUUAAAUGUCCAGGCAUCGGCGACUGUGAGAACUUCAGUGAACGACGCAGUUCAAUGCAACACACAGUUGGAAGGGAAAAAACCCUUAGAAAUCAGUCCCCAGUUGGCAUAGCAGAAGAGUCCAGGUACUGGCAACAGCAGGAAGGGGACGAAACUCCGAAGAUGCAUGAUCAACAUCAGAUCAGCACAAAUGGUGCUUACAGUGCCGGUCAACCACAGAUGAACAGCGAUACAUAUUACAGUGCUGAAAACAACAUGCUCAAAUCUCAGCUCAGCUCCCUCAGUGAAGAAGUAGCCCAGCUUAAAAAACUCUUCUCUGAGCAGCUCUCCAAAAUUAACUAAGGAGCUUCUCCUUCUUGAACUUCAUAGCUCCUGGAAACAGACUGGAAAAAACAAGCUUGCUUUCUGAGCCAGACUUAGCCAAAAUGACAUCACAUGGUUUUAUAUUUAAUCCCGUGUUAAAUCUAGUUCCUAUCAACAGUUUCAUGACAGGAAAAAAGACAAUGGGGUGAAAUGGACACUAUGGACAAAUCAAAAGUUUUUCCUUUCCCACCAUUGUAAGUGUAUAACUGUACUAACAGUAUUGGCUCAGGACCACCAUACGAUCUGCCUAAUCUCUGUCGAUUUCAUUUUACAUUUCUGCUUAAACACUGUGACUCAAACCAGAGAUUAAAUUAAAAAAUCCAGUUAUUCUGGCUGUUGACACUGAACCAAGGUAUCAUCAUUACUGACCACAACAUUCUUGUUGUAUUUCAGAUAAUUGGAUUGGAGGGUGGGCAGUGAAUUUGGUGCCGUUUGUGUUUGCAUGUAAACAUUCCAUUGUAGCCUGAUGAAGCAUCUGUUGUUCAGAUUUGAAAGGGGCGGACAAAUGUUUUGCUCUGUGCUCUUCAAUUUGCUCAAAAAUAAGACACAAAAUUGUAAAGAUCUUUGACACCAUGUACAAAUGAUAAAAUUGUAAGUCACUUACACCGAGACACAAUAAAUCAUGUAUUGAUGAGUAUGUAUUUGAUGUUGGCACGGCACAGUAACGUAAAACUGUAGCUUGUCUAAUUAACACCCCUCCUCAGACAAAAAGUGUUUAAAUAACAAGAACAACACUUUGUAUAACAGUGUAAUUUGUACAAUAGUAGUGAUGUUUUUGUUGGUUUGUGUUUGUAUCUGUGUAAACAGUACAGUGUAAACAUUUUAUAUAUGUUAAUAAAUAUUUGACAAAUUAA